AUGUCGGUGAUGUGUGAAAAUGGUAAGAAAUCAUUAGAACUAGAUGGUCAACUUGAUGAAGAUAUGAAGAGCACAUUUAAAUUUUUACAUGUUAGCGGAACUGCUAAAGCAAAGACCUUUACUCUUAAACUAAAAAUAUUCGAUAAUCUUACAAACCCCACUUUGAAUUCGUCAUCACCAAGAAAUUCAACUUCAAUCCCACCAUCUGCAAUAUUUGAUUCAUCUCCAAUCACAAUAAUUUCAAAGCCUUCCAAAAAAACCGCCAAGGCAAGAAAUCUCUCAUCGUGUAUUUUAUCCGGAUCUCAAAUCUCACUAUUCAAUCGUAUAAAUUCUCAAACUGUAAGAACAAAGUAUAUGGGAAUCGAAGAUGGAAGAUUAUGUGCCAGGAAUACUUCCUGGUCUUCUUUUAUCAUUACUGUUGUAAAUAAUAGUAAGAUCAUUUUAAGUAACCCGGUGACUGGAUUCACAUCCGAUCGUUUAAUUAUUCGUAAAGUUGAAAAAAGUCGUAUAUUACAAAAUGCUACUGGGCCUGUAAGUCAAAUGCAAAAAAUUGCUUUACAACGUAUUAUAAGACGACCACCAUCGAACAACAAUAAUAUGCACCACCGUCAUCAUCAAUACCAUCAUGAGUAUGAAUAUGAAUCACUUUAUUUAAGUGCAGCAGAAUUCACCAAGGAACCGUUUAGAUCAAUGAAUAUCAUUAAUAAUGGAAAUGUUUAUAGCACUGGAGUUAAUAGUCGUGGUUGCAUCGUUGGUGGAGGCGGUAAUGACGGAGUUACAAUGUCAACUUCUACAGUUGAAGAAAUUGAUGACUAUUUAUGUUGGACCAUUGUUGGAAUCUCAAAAUUUCAACAUUCUUAUUAUGAACAGGAUUCAUAA